AUGGCCACAAGGAGUCGAUCGGGGAUUGGCAGGGACGGUGGGGGAGUGAUCGGCGGAUGGAGCAGACUCCUCUCCACUCCCACCAAACAAUACUCACCCACUGAUGACUCUCCAUUUCGAGCGAAGACCAAUCAAGCGCACCUCCACAUCCAUUUCUUCAUCGCCUACCUCAACAUCAUCCACAUGAAUCCCGAAUUCCCUAUCAUCAACCCCGCCAAGAACCGUGCUUUUCAGAAAGAUUGUCAAUGGGAAACGGCCAACAAUGGUCAUUAUACUAUUACAUUCAUUGGAAUUGGUCCGAUUAUCUUAAAAAUCGGUUUCUUCUCAAUCCGGACAAACAUUUGUGUUUAUAAUCAGCGUGAAUCCCCAUCGAUGGAGUCACCCGAAAUGCAACGAUACGGCGACUCGCCUCGAAGUUUCAACCAAAGUGAAUUACUGGAUGAAUAUCUGAUUGAUGAGAUCCUCUCGUUGGAGGACGAGCAGCGCACUCGGGGCAGCAAACCACACCAAACACCGCUGACCGCCCCGUACUCUUGUGCAGACAAUUUGACGAAUCUCUCCUCGCAAGGAAGACCGAUUCCCGGAAACAACUCUUCAGGUGGUUCAGGCCACUCAGGCUCACCCGUCGGAAUGGGAAUCCGAGGCGCGAUGCAAUUCCGCCACGUCGUCUCCUCGUCAGCUCCCUCCUCAUCGGAUAUGGAUCAAUUGGUACGUGGCUCGUCGCAAGGACCCGUUCCCAGUGCCGAUGAUCCGGAACACUACCGCGAUCGCAGAAAGAAGGACAUUCACAAUAUGAUUGAACGCCGUCGUCGCUAUAAUAUCAACGACCGAAUCAAAGAAUUAGGAGUUAUGCUGCCUAAAGGAGCCUCCGAAGCCGAAUUUAGAGAGAUGAAGUUAAACCAAGGGACGAUUCUCAAAGCAUCUUGUGACUACAUUCGACAAUUGCAAAAGGAUCGAGAUAGCAUGAUUAAACAACAGCAACAACAAAACAAAUUGGAAAACGCUGCGAAACAAUACGCCGAUCGAGUCAGAGAACUCGAGGAGAUCUUGGCGAAGAAUGGCCUCAACGCGCCUACCAAAGCGCUUCCUCCACUCCCAGCCAUCCCCUCCGCUCCUCGACCAAUCAAACAGGAGAUCGAAGGGAGUCGAAAUCAAACCCCAUGCGGAUCACUUUCCUCAUCGGGUUUUAUGUCACAACUCUCUGACAAGACGGCUGCGAUCGCCUCGCCGCUAGAACGGAUCCAUUAUGGAUCCGAUCAAUUCUUUCGCUCAAGUCCACAAGAUUAUCAGACGCCACAAUGGAGAUACCGCCCCGACAGCCACAAAGGGAUGCACCACGGGCCAUUCCCCGAUUUGAUCAUGGAGUCGUGUCUUGAGAACAAUCCACUCCUCCACUCGGACCCGUUGAUGUCACAAGCCGGUAGCCCGUCGCCAAACCUUGCCGCCAGUCAGAUGAGGCCCGAUAUCUCGUGGGAUCCAUCGAAUUUCAGCCCCGACGGGAACACCGAACCGAUGCACGCCAAUCACAAUAUGGACUAUUCA